AUGGGCGACAAAUGUAAAUAUAACACUGAAGUGAAUAAAGACUAUUUGAAGGCAACAAAAAUGCAAAUAUUUAGCCAAACUCUUAGCCCGGCUUUCGCUGAAAUGACAUUUUCGCAUAUAUUUGAGUUGUGUUUCACUAAAUUUAAAUCAAUAUUGUUUGCCAUUGAAUGCGAUGACGACAUUAUAAUAAAUCCAAAACCUGAUUAUCUGAUCCGCGGAAACACAAAGGCUUUCUUUAUAGCAGAGGAUAAGGAUUUAGUCAAAUGGUCUGCUAUUAUAAUAGACAUUGAGGACAAAGUAAAGAGACGAUACGUUCAGGAAUCGGGUUUCGAUACCAUUGAUAACGCAGAGGAAAUCAAUUUACUUAAUAUAUCGUCAGUUGGUAUUGAAAAAACUCACGGAAUUGGAGAUAAUUUAAAGACAUGUUCGCCAAACAGAGCGAAAACUAAAGACAAAACUCGAUCUAAAAAAGAUAAGAAAAAGGGAACAAAGUCUCGGAGUUCGAGCACUAGUAGUACUUCUUCUACAUCUUCUUGCGAUGGUUUGAGACAAACAGAUGAAAGACGUUCACCGAUAAGAUGUGAUUACGAUUCGACCGCUUUGUUUCAUUGGUGUGCCGACAGACCCAUCGAGAAAUGCAUACUUCAAAAGUAC